GUACGACCGACCGUUGCCUCGAGUAUAGUCAAUAUGAUCGAGUGCAUAUAGUUGAGGACAAACAGAUGGUUUACAUGUGGCAAUAUUUCAAGACUAAUCUAAGGAAGCGGUACACACUGACACGAGCCAAGAACCAAGGACACUUAUAAAACGGGGCGUAGUUUAGUUGAUGUACAGCCUUACCAAGGUGUCCAGUACAACGUGGCUGUGUCAAACAUCUCACACUACCAACUCCAUCCAACAACGUCAAACCCACCCACAGAAAAACAGCUAGCUCCAAAGAAAACCCAAGUCAGCAUCCCUCAUGGUUGAGCCCUAUACAUUCAGCUCUACAGGAUGAUGGACUUGAUCCCGCCAUCAUACAAGUCCGCAACGGACCGAGAUGCAUGGGCCAUUAUCGCCCAUUAUAUCCCUUCUAGCGACCUAUGCGCUGCCUCGCUGGUCUGCCAUCGAUGGCACGAUUUGUUUAUGCCUUACCUCUGGGGUGACCCGGCGUCGCAUUUCGGGACAGAAAAUGACGCGGUUUAUGUGGCUCUGACACGGUUCAGAAGAACUCUGAAAUAUGCGAGGAGAGAAGUACGGGCACUAACACAUACGCUUCAUUUACCCCCGGCAUUAUCAGAGAUCUACGGCGGCCCCCGACCGGGCUGGCUGAGAGAUAUUCUCGAGUAUUUGCCAUGUCUGCAAUGCUUGAUGGUCUCGAGGCUACCCUUCUUUGACCACAAUGCGAUGGUUGCCCUGAAAAAUCAUCCAAGAUCCAGUGAAUACAAUGUCCGCCUGUUGUUAGCGGAUCACGAGCCCAACACGACUUCGGCUGGUCUGGCGGAGACUAUACUUCGGUUUCCCCGGCUGACCUACCUGGAUCUCUCGUAUACUAGGUCAGCGCGAGAUCAAAGCGUCCUAUCCUCGCUGUCUCAGCUUGAAAACCUUCAAGUACUGAAACUGCGUGGUAUUGGAUUGAAGGACGCCGAUGCUGAGUUCCUGGCCAAUGCGAUUGGAACUAGAACUCGAUUUCUGGACGUGCGAAACAACAUGCUCACCGAUAUGGCAGUGCGUUCCUUACUGCAAGCAUCUUUCACCCCACCAGACCGAGGACAUCAACCAAGUCCGAGGCGAAAUGGUAAUUCACCAGACCGAGCUCCUCCAGCAAAUUCCCAAAAUCGCCAAUCAGAAUUCCUCAAAUCUCCCGACCUGGAUGAGCAAUAUUUGAAGUUUCUCGCACAGCCUGGGUCGAAUAAUUCCUGGAUAGAAGACCUGCCAUACACGGGAAUUACUCACCUCUACAUCGCCAACAAUCCAAUCACAGUAGAAGGUGUGGCGAGCCUCUUGGCUUCAUCCCGCCUCAAUGCUCUUGAUGUCGGUACCGUGAACACCGCAGACGCUGUUCAUAGAACGGCUUCCAAACAUGGGGCUUACCCUGGAUCCGAGAAGUUAGUACCUAUACUGGGCAAUAUCGCCGGGGAUAGGCUUACUUACUUUCGGGCUCACCACGCCGUUGUCACUGCGGAGCCCCCCGCGAAAGACUCGGUACCCAAGGGCGAAUACCUUCCCGAGCUUGCCACCAGCAGUGAGGUACGACACGAAGUCGAGCUGGAUGCAUCACAGGAGGUCCAUGAGCUACCAGGAGAGAUGAUACCGGUUUUUGAACUUGCAGAUACGUCAGUAUCGGAGUCUAAAGAUUCGACCGUCACGACUCCAGUUGCGCGGUUGUUGAACCCAUACGAGGAUGAACAAUUGCCCGCAGUCAGACGUGGAUCUGCAUUUGCACCAGAAGUUGUACUUGAUCCAGGUAGCGAUAGCGACUACACUGCCUUGAGGAGCCCCCCUCCUUCAAACCAGUACCAACCGAACGAUGAAGGUACUUUACAAUCAAUUUCCGCACUUUCAGUUCAGGAGGACGGAUCCUUGGCAUUCAUACCACGAUGCAGCUCCCCAAUAUCAAUGGACGACCCACGAGCCCAAAGAAUCCAGGAGCUGCUCGCGAAACGCCCACGAAAUCAAUCUCUCCCUCUUCGAAAUGGGAAAGAAAGCCGAUUUCCGUAUCUACACCCGUCGCAUGUUCCACAUCUAGAGACCUUGGUAUUAACGGAUGUGCCCUCGCAUAUAUCGCCCAAUUCUCCGAUCUUGUAUACUCUGACCCGAUUCAUUACCGCUUGUUCCAAUGAAACUCUACUCGCAACCCUCCAAGCCGGGUCUGAUUAUUCCCUGCCACCCGGCCAGGCACGUAUACAAGCUGAACAACAGCGUUCUCGAACACUCUUCGGUCUCCGCCGAAUAGUCCUUGAAGUUACGCCUACCGAUAGCUCAACCCGAUUGACUACAUGGAAACCGGGAGUCCAGAACUCGAGUACAGGUGACCGUGACUCGGAGGCUCUUUGGGCCGCAGCUGCAGAUGAUUUUAGCUUCUUCGAAGAAAUGGAGUGCGGUAUCCCCGAGAAUGAUCCCGGCAAAUACUUCCCAAUGGCGGUGCUGAACGAGAAGGUUUCCCUCAUGCCUUCAGACGAUGAUGCCUCUCUACAUUCACACUCUGGUGCUGAAUCGCCGAUGCCGAACCGCCGUAUCUCACAGAGAAGUGUUCCAUCUGCGGUACAUGGUACGCCUAGCCCACCUCGACCAAUUGAGAAAGUAUCGCAGCCGACGCUCGCAAAGGAAAUUGAUCUCGUGGCAGAACUCGCUGCCUUCCGUCGUGCUAAGAAGGCUGAGUAUGAGCAGGUCGUGCGUCGAGAGAGAGGGCGACGUAGUACCCAUGGCACCGGGAGCUCGACCUUGCUCACUGCAACGACAGCGCAGGUCUCAAUGGCGCAUUUCGUGGAAGGACAUUGGAAGGGGGAGAUCAAGAUUGUGAGGAACCCGACGUCGAAGAUGCGCAGCGGUAUGGUGGACAUGUAUGGGAAUUACUUUGAGAAGGGCUAUCUUUAUCCAUGAGAGAGAGUACCUAGCAUAUAGCAUAUGGCAUCCACUACGACGCCAUUUAGUUUCAAGCCCAAAGAAACGAUAACUCUACUGGGGAAGCGCAAGUGAUUUUUUUAAGAGAAUUUUUGGUAUUUUUCUAGUCUGCAACGAAGCAGACUGAUCCUUGCCUCCAGUCAUGCACAUGCCAUCGUAAUUUGGCUCUCAUACAUCGAAGGGGCACAAGACACUGCGAAACGCGAAGAGAAAGCACGUUGAAAGACGAGAAGAGAUCCUCAUCGCCCUUCAUGAUUGCGCACCCCUAUCCACAGAAUCGAGCAUCUUUUUGUCGAACACCCUAGUGCCGUAUCCUCCAUUUUCGUUGCAGCAGUUAGCCUGUCGAGCUGGAAUGCCACAGAUAUCCGUCGUUCAAGAGCACCACAGCGGGAAAGGAAAACAAAAUAAAAAGAUUCAUUUCAGACUAGUUCCAUUUUUAUUUUGCUGGAUUGAAUGGCGUUUCCUCUCCUUUACAUAGCCUUGGCGGCCUGAGGGGGGUUCAGCUUCUUGCCAUCCUUGUUGUAGCGAAUCCGUGGGGGAGGAGCACGGUUGCGGCGGCCAACACGGGAACGGACACUGUAGAGAAGUUGGAGUCAGUAUGGACUGGAUGAUGGACGAGGCGCAGAGGUUGAGUGAAGGGCGUGCAUACCGAACGAUCUUGCCGUGGAUAGCGCAGGAAACGCAGUACUGGAGCUUCAGGUACAUCUUGGGGACAGAGUACUCGGCGAAGACGGAGGCAUCGGAGAUAUCACCUGUACGUCGAAAAAAAGGUAAAUUAGUCCAUUGUUCCUCGAGCAGUUCGUGACGCGCAGGCGAGUCCAGUUCGUUCAUUUUGACGAGAGACCUUGAAAGGUCCUUGUCUAAAUCGAGUCGAUCCAGGAUCCCCCUUCUUGAUGUGCAUUAUGCGAAUGGAAUGAUGUAAUGUCGAAAGGGUCACGUACGGAUGGCAGCAGACUCGACCAUGUUGCGGAUGGUGAAGCGCUUGAUGGCCUUGUCCUUGGGGGUGCAGCGAGCGCAGUUGGAGCAGCGCACGGGCUUGACGUGGCCGCGGCCAUUCUUGUUACGACCGCUGAAGAAAUUCUAUUAGUUCCCUUGUUCCCUUGCAGGUAUGAAUUUCACGAUAAUCCAGUCUCCAUUCGGCGUUGAAUUCAUCCGUCAAUGCGCGUAGAUGUGAUUCUUGCAAGAAUGGUAUUCGUAUUUCUCAUUUUAAUUCUCGAGGGUUCAUGUGGCGUGGCAUCGAUUUCGUCGGGCGUCAUUGCGGAGAUUCAUAUCGAAUGGGAGACUGGAUUCGCGGAUAGAUGGAGGAGGGAUCAAGUCUUACUUGUUCGCCCGCUUCUUGACCAUUUUGACGGAUUGCUCUGUGGAAAGUCAGAGAGUCGAUCUGGUUUGGAAAGGAGAAAAGAGGGGGAGGGUAACGUACGGGUG